AUGUUGACCAUAUUACAGUUGACAUGGCCAUUAUUCAAGGUCAAAUUCUUUUGCACCUCCUUUUAUUUCGUCUGCCUCGAAGAUCUUGAUUUGGCUAGGCUGAGUCUACACCUGAACCACAUCCUCGAGCUUUGCAUCUCCAUCACCAACCACAACUUUGUCGGCUUUAGGUACACCAGCAACACCGCUCUCCGCUGCAAGGGUGGCAGCGUUGGCGAAGUUCCAAUCUCGUGCUCUUACGACACGCGCAACGCGUCCUGGAGACCCCCAGCAGGCAUCGCGACGUGA